AUGUCGUGCAUACCGGAUCUUCGCGCCAAAAUCCGCAUCCUCGUCCCGCCCACGGCCCCCUCCGCCGCGUACGAUGCCGGCCUCCGCGCGCUGGGCCUCCUCGAUUUCGUCCGCCUCGAUCUCCGCUCCUCCGGGGCCGUGUGCCAUGAGCUCGUCGCCGAUCUCAUCACAAACUACGACGCUGGAGACGGACGGAGCUUCACCCAGAAGGGCCCCGUCGAGGUCUGCUGCCGUACCUUCGCCGAGGCGCUCUGCCUCCCGACCCCGGGGAGGACCGCGUCCUUCGACAUGGACUCGGCCAUCGUCUCGUUCGCCGCGGCGGAGUUCAUGAAGGCUUACAUCCUGACACCGCUCGAGGCCGGCGGCGAUAGGAACACGGAGGUGGCCGGCGUGGCCCGCCAGGCGGCGGAGAUGGUGAUGGAUGGGAGGGCCGAUGCUGUUGACUGGACCGCGCUGAUCUGGGUACUCGUGGAGGAGGAGAUGUUCGACCUUAGCAACGGGACGAGGUCCAACUCGGCAUGCUACUACGGCGCCUACCUGCAGCGGAUCUUGUGGCUGCAGUUUCCGGACCGCUUCCAGCCAUGGCCGGAGAUAACUCGUAAGGGGUCAUCAAUCAAUGCAACAUACUAUAAUCAGUUUCCGAUGAGUGCAAGUCACAAGCUUCGCUCGGAGCUGGACUCCAAGAUGCAACAGCUUUUUGAUGCCAGAUCCAUGAAGCUUGAAGCUAGAUAUAUAGAGCUUCAAGAGCUAUAUAUCCAUGAAGCUAUGCAAAAUGUCCAUGAUAGAAGGAACCUUGAGCGAGACAAGAAAAAGUUGCGUGCAAUGAAGUCGCUCAACAAUGCUUUAGUUAUCCAAAGAAGAAGAAAAAAUGGUGACUUGCAGCGCUCAGAGCUGGUUCCCAAGAUGAAAAAAAAGCAUGUCGAUGCAAGAUCCAACCAGAUUGAUGCCAGAUCCAUGCAGCUUGAAGCAAGAUCUGCGGAGUUUGAUGCGAGAUCCAAACAACUCGACUUGAGAUCCAAGCAGGUUGACGCGAGAUGGAAGCAGGUUGAAGCAAGAUCUGCAGAGUUUGACGCGAGAUCGGAGCAACUUGAUGCAAGACACUUGCAGUUAGAGGCAAGAUCUAUGGAGCUAGAAGCGAAAUCCAAUAGGCUUGAAGCGAGAUCCGAGGAGCUUGAAGUGAGAUCCAGGGAGCUUGAAGCUCUAUCAGCGCAAAUUGAAUAUGAGAGGAUAAACCUAGAGCAACACAAAGAAUUGCAUGAUAAGAUGCACACAAUGGAGGCACUUAACCAAGCUUUAAUUACCCAGCAACGAGAAGGAAAUGAUGAGUUGAAGUGUGUUAAAAAAGAACUGGUAGAUGUAAGCGAGCGACUAGCACUAUCACAGAAUGACGGGGAAGCAAUGAAGUCGCUCAAUCAGGUUCUAAUAACCAAGGAAGUAGGAAGCAACAAUGAGUUGCAAGUCGUCCGGAAAAAGCUGAUAGAUGGCUUGCAGAAGUUUACAAAUGGACGAGCAAAUAUAGGGGUCAAGAGAAUGGGCGAACUUGACAUGAAAGCAAUUGCAAAUGCUUGCAGGCUAGAUUUAUCACAAGAGGAUGCACAAGUUACUUCUGCUUAUCUUUGUUCCAAGUGGCAAAAUGAAAUUGCAAACCCAAAAUGGCACCCUUUUAAGGUCAUCAUGGUUGGUGGUAAAUUGACGGAGAUUCUCUCAGAGGAUGAUGCCAAGCUUAGGAUGUUAAAAGAAGAACAUGGUGAAGAAAUGCGCACCUUGGUAACAAAAGCUCUACUUGAAAUCAAUGAAUACAACCCCAGUGGUCGUUAUGUUGUAUCAGAGCUGUGGAACUACAAGGUUGGCCGGAAAGCAACAUUGGAAGAAGUCACUGAGUUCAUCCUGAAACAGUGGCAGUCACAUAAGAGGAAGCGCUGAGCAUCUAUUUAUUUGCAGGUUCCUUGUUCUGCUUACGCUUCCUUAUAACUCGUACUUCCACCUUGACCUUGACUAGACCUAGUAUAACUUCAAUGUUAGAGGUAUGUAGUGGUUCAUUAGUACUUACUGAUUAUGCAACUAGAACAAUCAUGAUCACCUUUUCGUAGCUAAAUGCUAGCUGGGUUCUCCUGUUGUAGAAUUGGGAUCCAUGCUAGCACUGGUCUAGAAUGUAUAUUGCAGCUUAUCUUUGAAUAUUUGAUGCUUCCCUUAGGAUCUUC